ACUUGAGGUAAACAACAACAGAAUGUUCGUGAUCCGUGCGUUGUUUCUCUGCGUAAUUCUCACAUCAUGUCAACGUGUUGCAGCCCAAUACGAGGACAACAACUACGACUUCCCCAGAACAGAAGGAGAGAUCAAGUACGUAGUGGCCAUUACGAGCAGAGCGGGAGUGUGCACUGGCACCAUCAUCAACCAGAACUGGAUCUUGACGGCCGCCCACUGCUUCUUCUUCAAGGGCAAAAUCAUCGGCGAGAAAGACGCCAAAAUCCUCGCUGGUAUCAUCAACUACGACGUUCCGAGGAGCACGACCAAGCAGGAGACGAUGAGUUCCAAGAUAGUCGUCAACCCGCACUUCUGGCUCAACAGGGUCGGCAAGUUUGACGUGGCACUGGUGCGACUGCGGGACCCGUUGGACUUCAACGAGUUCGCGGGCAGCAUCCCCAUCGCGGCGGACGGGUGGCCACAGUCAGAAAACAAGACCGAGGAUUGUAUGUCCGUGGGGUUCGGAGGCUACAGGAGCGCGGCGCCACCCACUAAGGACCUCAAGGUGUGGAAUGUUACUGCGGAACAUGGCGACUCUGCGUGUCCUUGCGCCAGGAGGUUCCAGAACAAGCGACUGGUGUGUGUCAAGGAGCUACUGUACCCACAGGUGUGCAAGGGCGACGACGGCGGACCUCUGGUGUGCGGGUCCGUGGUCAGGGCCAUCUCACACAUGGUCUGGAACACCCUGGCGUGCGAGGACCCCACAUACCCCCUAGAGAAGUGUGUCGGAGGUCCUGUCAAGGGACUGUCCACCUACACUUUCCUCUGUCCUCUCAACUCCUGGAUGCACGAACACGUCGACGACAUACCCGUGACACCGGAGUCUUGCGCGGCCGAUCACCUCUGGACCAAUCGUUUACUUGUGUAUUCCCUCCUGUUGUUAUUGUACUGAUAAUACGUUUAGAGCAUCAAAAACAUACUUUAAUUUCAAUUUUUGAGGCCUUGAGUGGGCCUAGCGAAGAAUGACAAAAUAGAUGUUUACUAAGAAGUCAAGAUUUGUCUUGUAUGAGUAUAAUGGUAAUUUCAACCAUAAAUAAAACAUUUCUUGUUUACA